AUGGACCUGCCGGCGAACCGCGGCCGGUGGCGGAGGCGGAGCGCCCGGUCGAACGUGCCACUCCUGGUGGCCGUCCUGCUGCUCCUCCUCCCGGCAUCAAUCCUGCUCUCCUCCGCCUACUCCUCCCUGCUCCGCUCCCUCCUCCCCUUCUCCGCCUCUCCCUCUCCCUCCAGCAGUGGCGGCGGCGUCCAGAGGUGUGGGCGCUCGGUGGAGCUGGAUGGGGAGAAGUUCCUGUGGUACGCGCCGCACAGCGGGUUCAGCAACCAGGUGGGCGAGCUGCGGAACGCCGCGGUGGCUGCCGCGCUGCUCAACCGCACCCUCGUCGUGCCACCCGUGCUCGACCACCACGCCGUCGUCCUCGGGAGCUGCCCCAAGUUCAGGGUCUCCGAUCCCUCCGACCUCCGCGCCGCCGUCUGGGACCACGCGAUGCAGCUCCUCCGGGAGCGGAGGUAUGUUUCGAUGGGUGACAUAGUUGAUCUAUCACCUGUGAAGGCUUUGGUUAAGACAAUUGAUUUCAGAGUGUUUGUUUCAUUAUGGUGUGGCGUGGAUAUGCGGAAAACUUGCUUUUCUGGGUUGUGCUGCGCUGUUUCUGGCGGUAAAUCAUCGCCAAGUGACUAUGGCAGAUGCCGAUCUUUGCUGUCUGGUUUAGAAGGUAGUGAAAGUAGUGCUUGUGUGUAUCCUGUUCAGGAGGACUGUAGAACGACGGUGUGGACAUAUCAAGAGAAUAAUGAUGGAACACUGGAUUCGUUUCAGCCAGAUGAAGAGUUAAGAAGGAAGAAGAAGAUUUCAUACGUUAGGAAGCGCAAAGAUCUAUACAAGGGUUUAGGGCCUGGUUCUAAGGCUGGGGAUGCUACUUUAUUGGCAUUUGGUACCCUUUUUUCAGGACCAUACAAGGGAUCAGAGUCUUACUUUGAUAUCCAUGAGUCACCAAAGGACCAUAGAAUACAGACUGUACUUGAGAAAACUGAGUUCCUUCCUUUUGCCCCAGAAAUCAUGGCUGCAGGGAAGGAGUUUGCUAAGAGCACGAUUAAGGAGCCUUUUCUUUGUGCACAACUAAGAUUGUUAGAUGGCCAAUUUAAGAAUCACUGGAAAUCUACCUUUUCUGCCCUUAAGGAUAAAUUGAAAGCUCUUGAGUUGGAGAUGAAGAGAAACAAGUCUGGUGGUCCUAUUAACAUGUUCAUCAUGACUGAUCUUCCUCCAGCAAACUGGACAAAGACCUAUCUUGCAGAUAUUGCAAAAGACGAGAAAUAUGAACUGUACACCCUGAAGGAAAAUGAUGUUCUACAAACUGCAGAGAAGCUUAUGGCUGCUGAACAUGGCCUAAGGUCUGGAUUCUUUCCAAAGAUUGCAGAAAGAUCGAACGAGGAUUGUCAUCCAGUUCAACUGCCUGAAAUUUUGUUAUAUGUCGAAGAAUCUGUUUGCAGCUGUGCCUCUCUAGGGUUUGUGGGGACCGCUGGAUCAACAAUAGCAGGAAGCAUAGAAACAAUGAGGAUGAACAAUGUCUGCAAAUUAUAGGAGAAGUGCAUCCUUUGAGCAACCUGCCAGAGAGCUAACUGGUUGUACUUAUGGAGUUUGAUAUCAGUAGGGGCUGUUGCACUACAGAGAGCUGAAUCAUUGCAGAUUUGAGACUAAGAAACUAGUGACAUGCUCAGGUUCUACGAUUCUACAUUGUUGACCAUCUACUGCCAUGCGGAAUAGUAUACUUCAAUUCAUUCCCUCUUUUUCCUUUUUUUCGGUUGUGUAGAUAGAUAGUGUUCAUGUUUGUGAGCUGUGCCUUCAUUAUGUUGCGUUUCAUCCACCAAUUUUUGUCACGGAGGGUGAGGAUAGUCAUAUCUUGUAUAGAGAACUAUUGGAAUGAAACAGAUUUUAUGGGCUCUCUCUUGCUAUAGAUUCAUCAGCCAUGCAUGUCCUUAUUUA